GACUGGACCACGUCCAUGUCCAGUAUGUUACCUUCCUGUUGAAGAUGCUAUCACCUUAAUGCCAAAGGCUCCUUCAUUUUCUCCUGUGCUAAAAAAGUUAACCUAUAUUCACGAAGUAAAUCUAACUAGAAGUGAGUUUGGAGGCUCGGAGUUUGGUGGAUAUCCUUCGCUGAAGCAGAGGAGCGAUUCUUAUGAUAUAAGAGAGUCAAUGAGCGUGCAUUGUGGAUUUGUCAGAGGAGUUAAGCCUGGCCAUCAGACAGGAUUUGAAAUUGAUGACUCUGACCUUCUUGAGAUGGAAACAUGCCCGGGGGUGGUUGUUGCAUCAGCAGUAUUUGGAUCCUUUGAUUUGAUACGACAACCAAAGAACAUUAGUGAACAUGCCAAGAAAAAUGUUUGCUUCUAUAUGCUUGUGGAUGAAGAGACAGAAAUGUUUAUAAGAAAUUCUACUGAUCUGGAUGAUAGCAAGAGAUUUGGGUUGUGGAGAAUUGUUGUGGUCCACAACCUACCUUACACUGAUCCAAGACGCACCGGGAAGGCUUCUGGAAGUCGGAUACGCUUCUGA